AUGUGUGAGGAUUAUGAUUUUGAUAAGGAUGAUAAGUGGAAUCAAUAUAUUUAAUCGGCUGAUAAAUCUAUGUACUAUAAUCAAUACAAUAAGAUCAAAGGAGAGAUUGGAAUAUUUAAAAUAGAUUUGGUAUAAAGAAAAUGUGAAUAAAAUGUACUAAAUAGACAAUAAUAAAAUAACGAACAUCAAAGAGGAAUCUAUUACAUAUACAGCACUGAGAAUAUGUUCAAAAUGUCCUUUAUGCUUUUGUUAUUUAUGUAAGGUGUAGCUUAGAUAUUUGGAUAUCUGUUCAUUUUUUUAGCAUUGUAAAGACAAUAAGACAUACACAAAUAUAAUAGAAAAGGUAUUACAUUAAACCUCUGA